AUGGACUACGACGCGAUGAUGAUCGAGGAGAACCUCGGUGCCAACGUCAAGAUCUCGGCGGCAGAUGCGACAAGCAUCAAGUUCGAGCUUAGCAAUACCGACUUGGCCUUUGCCAACUCCCUGCGCCGGGUGAUCCAAGGAGAGGUGCCGACCGUCGCCAUCGAGUUCGUCGACAUCGAGAUCAACACAACAGUGCUCGCCGACGAGUUCAUCGCACACAGAAUGGGGCUCAUCCCUCUCGACUCGACCGAUAUUGACCAGAUGGUGUUUGCGCGCGACUGCACCAACUGCGACUCGACCUGCGAGAAGUGCGCCAUCUUCCUCACCCUGCACGCCAAGUGCAACUCGGACGAGAUCACCAAAGUCUAUGCCAGAGAUCUAGUGGUCGGCCACGAGCGAGUAACGCAGACCAUCGGCAAUCCCGUCAUUGUCGAUCCUGAAGGACAGGGUCCUCUGCUUUGCAAGCUCCGGAAAGGACAGGAAAUCAAGCUCACGUGCAUUGCGAAGAAGGGCAUCUCCAAGGAGCACGCAAAGUGGUCACCGACCGCUGCUGUUGGUUUCGAAUAUGAUCCGCACAACAAGCUGCACCACAUAGAUCUGUGGUAUGAGCAGGAUGCGGAGAAGGAAUGGCCCAAGAGCGAGUACGCGCAGUGGGAAGACCCUCCGGCGGAAGGGGAGCCCUUCGACUACGAUGCGGUGCCCUCGCGGUUCUAUUUCGAGGUAGAAGGCGUAGGCAGCAUGGCGCCCAACCAGAUUGUGCAGGCAGGCAUCCAAGAGCUACAAAACAAACUUGCGAAGCUCUUACAAGGUCUGCAAGGAAACGACGGCGCGAAUGGGGACUACGACGGGCCCAGGAGUCCAGACGCCAUGGAUGCGGGAGGCGGCUGGCAAGACCAGGGCUACACCACACCGUACGGCAACACCGGAAAUCAAAGUGCUUGGGGUGGUGGUGCGACCGCGUACGGAACCACGCCGUACGGCAACUCUGGUGGUACUGGCUGGAGCUAG